AUGGCAGGAAAGAAAGUCGAUCCAAAGGCACAGUUAAAGAAAAAGGAUAAAGCACCAAAGAAGGUAGAAACCAAGAAGUGGACAAAGACAGAGAGCAAGGCCAAACAGCUAAAGACCUCCGUCAUCACACAGGAUAUCUUCAACAAGAUAAAGAAGGAAAUCCUUUCUAUGGCACUCAUCACCCCAGCAACCAUUGCUGCCAGAAACAACUUUGAAAUUGCACUUGCCAAGAACAUUCUUGACCAAAUUGUUGAGAGCGGAGAAAUAGAAAUUAUUGCUAAGUCUUCAUUCGGUAGAAUAUACGGAAAGAAAGAGACCAAGGAAGUCAAAGAAAUCAAGGAAGAGACUGUCUCUGCAUAA